GCUGCAAACACAUCUCCCAGCUGAGGAGUGAUUGUCUCUGGGGAAAUCACAGUUUUCCUACAAUCUGACCUCCUCAAACAGGUGUGCAAUUUUCACCUGCAGCCUUGUACAGCCUGGAUCUCGACAUGGGCGACACAGAAAAUCCGUUUUCUGAGUCAGAUUUUCUGAAAAAUGAUGGCUUCUCGCCCAAUCUGACAGCUGCCAACACCAGCUCGCUUUACCCGUUUCUUCUGUCACCAGUGAUGGACAAAACCAUCAACAUAAUAAUGAUUAUAGUGCUGUUAACCAUCAUGGUUUCACUGGGAUGCACCAUGGAGGUGACCAAGAUCAAAGAUCACAUACUGAAACCGAAAGGUGUGGCCAUCGCAAUUCUCUCCCAGUAUGGCAUCAUGCCUUUAACAGCGUUUUGCUUGACUAAGGGGUUCCAGGUGCCUGAAGCCACAGCUGUGGUGAUUCUGAUCUGCGGCUGCUGUCCUGGAGGAGCCAUGUCCAACAUCCUGGCUCUGGCUAUAAAGGGAGACAUGAACCUCAGCAUUGUGAUGACCUCCUGCUCCACGCUGCUGGCUCUGGCCAUGAUGCCUCUGCUGCUCUACCUGUACUGCCACGGCUUCUCCAACCUGCAGAAAGCGGUGCCGUACGUGGGCAUCAUCACAUCCCUGGUUGUGAUCCUGAUACCUUGCGGAGCCGGCAUCCUCAUCAACUACUACCGGCCGCAGUAUUCAAAGAUAAUCACAAAGGUGGGCCUCAGUGUUUUGAUGAUUUCCAUGCCUGUCAUCUGCAUCAUUUCCAUCGUUGAAAUUGGAAGCUCGCUCCUUAACAUGCUCUCGCCUCCUCUCAUGGCCAUCGCCGCUCUCAUGCCCCUGAUUGGCUACGCCUUUGGUUACAUCAUCUCCUGGGUCUUCAGGCUCGCACAGCCAGAGCGGAGGACCGUUGCUAUGGAAACUGGCUGUCAGAACAUCCAACUGUGUGCCACCAUAGUGAAGGUAGCCUUCCCCCCCGCUGUGAUCGGACCCAUGUACCUGUUCCCAUUGGUCUUGGGGUUCUUCCAGUUGACCGAGGCGGCGCUGCUCGUCGUUCUGUUCAGGUGUUACCACUGGUUCACAACAAAAGGAAAAGAAUCAUACCGGCCGACGUCGACAGAGGAGAAGCUGAAGGAGGUUUCUGAAGAGACUGCAUGACCACCGCAUCCCCCAAAUAAAAAAUAUCACUUUAAACAAGUGGAAAAGUGUCAUAUAGCCAUAUUAAAGACAAAACUUAUGGUUUAUUAAAAUUGAUUUAUUCAUCAAGUCUAUUUUCAAUACACCAUACAAACAUCUAUUGUCACUGAAAAUAAAAAUCCUCAUGUACAAAAAAAAAAAAAAAAACUUUUCCCCUCAGAUUCAU